GCAAGCGCGCCCUCAAUCCCUCCCUUUCACUCUUCCACUCUUCCAGGAGACACUCACUCCCGCUGGCGACGGCCACAUGUGGAUAUAUGCAACAGCUCUGUCGACAAGGAGUGGGCUUUUCCAUUAUUUUAUGCUUUUAUGUCACCAUUUUUCUCUUUUACUGGAUACUGAACCACAAAAGAGGAUUUUAUAAUGUUAGAAAAUUAAGGGUUUUUUUUUCCUUCCUUUAUUCACCACCUCUGGAAGUCUCCGCUGCAGUAAGAUGGGAGCUAAAUACAACCGAGCCAAAGGCAACAUGCUCCCUUCUGCACUACUCACAGUAUUUAUUUGGAUGGCAGUUUUGAACUGUGUAAAUAGCAAGACGUUAAAAUAUAAAGUAUACGAAGAGCAGCGAGUGGGGACAGUUAUCGCACGGCUGAAGGUGGAUGUUGCUGAAGUUCUAUCCAAACUACCAAGCUCUCUGUCCUUUCGGUUCAAAGCCAUGCAGCGAGGAAGUACACCGUUCCUGUCUGUCCGGGAGGAUGACGGAGAGAUCAGCAUUGGCUCCAAAAUUGACCGUGAGAAGCUCUGUGAAAAAAAUUUGAACUGUUCCAUCGAAUUUGACGUGGUGACUCUCCCAACGGAGUACCUGCAGUUGUUCCAUGUGGAGGUGGAAGUAUUGGACAUAAACGACAACUCCCCGCACUUCUCCCGCGCCAUUGUCCCUAUUGAGAUCUCCGAGAGCGCCUCCGUGGGGACACGGAUCCCACUAGACGGUGCCAUGGAUGCAGACGUUGGGGAGAACUCGCUGCACUCUUACUCCCUCACUCCAAACAACUUUUUUAAGAUUGACAUCAGGACCAGGACAGAUGGAGCCAAGUACGCAGAGCUGGUGGUCAUGCGGGAGUUGGAUAGGGAGGUGCAGUCCAGCUACCAGCUGCGGCUCACGGCUUCAGAUAAUGGUGAACCCCCCAAGUCUGGCUCGACCUUGCUGAAAAUUAGCAUCUCUGAUUCGAAUGACAACAGCCCGGCCUUUGAAGAGCAGGCGUAUGUCAUUAAUUUGUUGGAAAACUCUCCUCUUGGGACUCUUCUUAUAGAUUUAAAUGCUACAGAUCCAGACGAGGGAACUAAUGGAAAAAUAGUCUACUCUUUCAGCAGUCACGUGUCACCAAAGAUCUUGGAAACAUUUAAAAUAAAUCCUGAAAAUGGCCACAUCACUCUUAUUAAAAAGGUGGACUAUGAAGCCACUUCAUCUUAUGAGCUUGAUGUUCAGGCUCAGGAUUUGGGCCCAAACUCCAUUCCAGGGCUUUGCAAAAUUGUUGUGAAAGUUGUGGAUGUAAAUGACAACAAACCAGAGAUAAACAUUAACCUGAUGACACCAGGCAAAGAGGAAGUGGCCUACAUUUCAGAGGGCGCUCCUGUGGAUACCUUCAUUGCUCUCGUUCGCAUUGAUGACAGUGAUACGGGGCUUAAUGGUGAAGUGGUGUGUAGGCUUCACGGCCACGGUCACUUCAGACUUCAGAAAACGUAUGAGAAGAACUAUAUGAUCCUCACCAACAUCUCACUAGACAGAGAGAAGAGAUCAGAGUAUAGCCUGACAGUCAUUGCUGAGGACCGAGGCUCCCCAAGCCUCUCCACCAUCAAACAUUUUACCGUUCAAGUGCUGGAUGAGAACGAUAAUCCUCCUCGUUUCGAAAAGACCCGCUAUGAAGUAUUCAAAUCUGAGAACAACUCUCCAGGGGCCUAUCUGAUGACAGUGGUGGCCUCUGAUCCAGAUCUGGGCACCAAUGGUCAGGUUACCUAUGCCAUAGUUGAUGCUCUCGUGCAGGGGAGCCCCAUUUCCACGUAUGUAACCAUUGACCCUUCCAAUGGUGCCAUCUAUGCCCUGAGGAGCUUUGACCAUGAAGAUGUCAGCCAUAUCACUUUCACCGUUCAAGCUCGUGAUGGGGGAAAUCCUUCACUGUCUGCUAAUACCACUGUCCUGCUUACAGUUUUGGAUGAAAAUGACAAUCCCCCAAUCAUCCACUCCCCCUCCCUCCAAAAUCACACCGCCGAACUUCCAGUGUGGAAGUAUGCAUCUCCCGGUCAGUUAAUUACUGCUCUGAAAGUCACAGACCGUGACGCCGGUGCCAAUGGAGAGUUGAGCUGCUCCAUUGUUAGCGGAAAUGAAGAUGGCCUGUUUGUGAUGGACGCUCGGCGAUGUGAGCUCAGAACCAAUGCAAGCUUAGAACAAGUGCCAAGGGACGUGAUGGAGAUCAGGUUAGAAGUACAGGAUAGGGGCGCCAACCGACUCACUGUGGGGGCCCUGCUCAAGCUUACUCUGCAGGAGAACAUGGACAUCCUUCCCCCUCUUUAUCCCACGGGCUCCAGCCAGUCCCCUCUGGAUCUCUCACUCAUCAUCAUCAUAUCCUUGGGGGCAGUUUGUGCUCUGCUGCUUAUUGUCAUGGUGAUGUUUGCCACGACCCGCUGCACCCGGGAAAAGAAGGACCCGAAGCGCAACUACAAUUGCAGAGUGGCGGAAAACAGCUAUCAAAACCAUCCAAAGAAGCCGACAAGGCAGAUCCACAAGGCAGAUAUUACCCUGGUGCCAACCGUUAAUGGAACACUACCUGUCCGGUCCCACCCGCAUUCCCCCUCAGCUUCUCCUACUCCUGAAAGAGGCACCCUGGGGAGCAGGCAGAGCCAUCACAGCCGCCAGUCAUUAAAUAGUCUUGUUACCAUUUCUUCCAAUCAUGUGCCGGAGAAUUUUGCCCUGGAGUUGGCCCACACCACGCCUCCUGUUGAGCAAGUCUCACAGCUUCUGUCCAUGCUCCAUCAGGGCCAGUACCAGCCACGGCCAAGUUUCAGAGGCAACAAAUACACCAGGAGCUACAGAUAUGCCCUAAAUGAGAUGGAUAAAUUCAGUCUCAAGGACAGUGGCCGUGGUGACAGCGAGGCAGGCGACAGCGACUACGAGCCUGGCAGGGAGUCGCCCUUUGAUAGACUCCUUGGUGAGGGAUUUACCGAGCUUUAUGCUCCUGACGUCCAUCACAGAAUGCAUGCAGGUAUGAGGUUCUGUACUGAGGAGUGUCGUGUCCUGGGUCAUUCGGAUCAGUGCUGGAUGCCCCCACUGGCGUCCCCAGCUUCAUCCUCCUCUGACUACCGAAGUAAUCUCUACAUUCCUGGGGAGGAAGCCCGGAAACCAGCUGACCUUUCCCCAGAAAUCACUCCACAACCGUGCCCUGAAAGUACAUCUGACCGGAGCCAGAGCUUCUCCACCUUCGGAAAGGAUCUGGGCAGAGAGAACGAUGGGGAAGAUGGAGAUCAUGGUGGAGAUGAAGAUCUUUGUGGAACAUCUUUGUUGUCUGAGAUGAGCAGUGUUUUCCAGCGCCUUCUGCCCCAAGGUCUGGAUUCAUAUGUUCAAGUGAACGAGAACCAGAAGGGAACAAGCCUCAGUGGUCUCGGUGUACCAAUGACUGGAUCUUUAGAUCGCAGGAGGGGCCAUCUUCCAGGCAAGGCCAAUGCCUCUGUUCACCAGCAGGGCGUGGCAGCCUGGGCCGCCAAUACUCACUUCCAGAAUCCAGGAAGCGGCCUGGUUCCAUCUGGUCACCACCAGGGCGGCAGCUACCACACCCUGAAAGCCAGCACUAAGCUCAGCUGCCAGAAUAACAGUCACAAGAACUCACAGGCGGCCAAAAACAGCUCACAGAACCUCAAACCUCACAGCAGCCAGACGCUUGUGCAGCCUUCCCACGCUCCAGCGCCCAUACCUGUGCCCCUUCCCGUUCCGUCAUCCAAGUGGCUUCCUGCCAUGGAGGAAAUCCCAGAGAACUACGAAGAAGACGAUUUUGACUCUGUGCUGAGCCAUCUACAGGGAAAACGCAGUGACAGCCGCCACGAGCUGGUGGAUGCCAGCGAGCUUGUGGCUGAGAUCAACAAACUGCUGCAGGACGUCCGGCAGAGCUAGACGCCCGUUUCUUAUUAUCUCCUAUUUAUUCAAAAGGAACAAUGACAUGAGACCUGCAAUUGUCGUUAAAGUUGCAUUUCUAAUGUAGUAAUUGUGUUAUGUGAACGCUAAGUACCCCAAAAAUAUUUGUAAUUGUUGGAUGGUACACAAUGUACAUCACUCCACCGUAUUUAUCUUUGUAUUUUAAAAAUACACUUGUAUACAUAUAUUUAUUUAAAAAAUGUAAAUAAACUUAACCAAAGGUCUAUUUUUAUAUUUUUGAAUGCAUGUUGAGUACAAAACAUUGUAUUGAGAUUUUGACAUGCGACGACAUUCUGCAUAUUUAAAUGUUUUCCUUUUUUUCUUUGUUUUGCUUGAUAAUAUUAUGUACACAUGAAUAUAUGAAUUUACUGACACUUGUCCUUGUGGCGUCUUUGGGAAAAUAUAUGGCACACAA